AUGGGGAAGAUAACCAAGCCCAUGCAACAAAAGCACAAGGACACCUUGUCUCCUUGGCUAAAAGCUUACGUUGAAACCGCCUCAACAGUACCUCUACCCCACUUGCCAAAAGAGCUCGCUAGCUUUCCCUCGCGAUGGCCCUUCGGACGUGGUGAUUUGUACCACUGGAUACCCCUUCUGAACCGAUUUGAUAGCAUCCUUGAACAUUUCUGCGCCACAUACAAACUGAAUGAGGGCCCCCAAGCUCGCCAUUUUGAGUGCGAUGUGCUGCUCAACCAGGACAAAGAAUCUGCUUUUGGUAGCGAGAAGCAAUGGUCAGCGAAUGAGUUGACAGACCUAGGCUUCUCAUCAGACGGAGACCGGCAACUAGUGGAAGCAGUGCUGCGCUUCACUCGCAUGCUAUUGGAGCAUUGUGGUAACAGGAGCAUUUAUGCCAGCAGCGCUCACCUCAACGACCUCCUCCACACCACAUCUUUGAGUGUCCUUAUUGCCACACUCGAAGUUGGUUCAGAGUUGGCUCAGCGGUAUCAAGCCUCCGUGAAGCGCAUAAUAACCCCUUCGAGGCAGAUCAGCACCGCACUGCUUGCCAACCACUAUAAUAUCGAUCUUGACAGAGUCCAGCAGCUUGCCCUGCCUUUUGUCAAGACGCCGAUCAUCAACCUAUCAGACCCCGUGCCGUCAAACACACCCGGAUCGGCCAAAGGGAAAGAUCGCGCGUCAGGAGGAAGUUCUAAGACAGCCAACUCCAUGCACGCAAAUGAUCUAGUUGCUCUCGCAGUUUCGGAUGAUAAACGGUGGGUAGGUUGGGGCGAUGUCAAGGUGAUCUAUUAUCCGCAGACCACCCAACAUGAGCCAACCGGCGGCGGCGACAGUCGCGCAUCAGUGCCAUCUACACCAACACCGCUUCGUCGUAGCUCCACGAUGGCAUCUCAACAUCAGACCCCGAAGAGUCGGAGCAACCUGGACGACUCAUCUCCACUUGGACCUCGGACACCUGGUAACGCUGAAGACUCGUCCUCGGCUGGAUCCAAAGUCUUUGAAUUACCACAGUCUGUUGUCUCUUCAGCCUCUAUCUACCGGCUGAUGGCAUCCGUUCCUGCGGACCUUCCCCCAGCAGCGAAGUACGAAGUUUUUCAUAGGAUUAGAGCCUCCAAAGCCCUUAUGGGCUCUAACGAAUCACGUCAACAAUUGUUGGCUGUGCGUCUCUUGUCUAUCAACAACCUCGCCUAUAUCCAUGGCGAAGCAAACUUCCUGGAAAAGGUGCUUCGUCAAGAUGCAGAUGAAACUCGCAGAUUCCAGCUCGUUUACCAGCUAGCUGAACUCAUCCACCCCACGGCUCAUGGAAACGUUGAUGUUCCGUUAUGGCUACAGGCUGUGGCUCUUGCCUUGCUUGAGGCUAUAUCGAACUUCCAAGCCAGGUGUCAGGAUGUCUUGUCUGCUCUGAAUGCAAAUGUCAACCACGGAAUCUUGCUUUAUGUCAUUAGAAAGGCGGUUGCUGGAAUGAAGGAGGACGAUGACAGCGACAAAGGUAACCAGGUGACAGAAAUGGACGAAUGGCGCAACAACCUCUUUUCUCUCACCCUUCACCUUUCCAUGUCCACACGAGUGGGAAGCGAGAUGGUGUCAGCAGGACUUAUGGAGAUCCUAGUCGAGAUCUUGAACAUUAGGUCAGCUGUUGCACAGCGAAACCAUUCCAUGGUUCUUGCGUUUCUAGAUGGCUUGAUCUGGACCUAUCAGAAUGCCUUUACUGCCUUCUUCAACGCCAAAGGCCUCGAUGCAGUAUCUCAACUGGUUGUGGAUACUGUCCAGGAAGCGCAGACUUUGCACCAAGCAGGGCAAGGCAUUUCAAAGAGCCAACAGUCGGGACAAGUUGACUAUGAAAUUCCGUACUACCAACAGCAGACACUCAAAUGGCUUCUCAAGUUCGUUCACCACAUCAUGUCCAACUCAUACAGCUAUGGCGGUAACUACGAUCGUUUACUCCGCAAUCUCGUUGACAAGUCAGAUCUUCUCGGGAAGUUGCGGGACAUCAUCGAAGACAAAAAGACCUUCGGCUCUGUUGUGUGGACGAACUCUGUUACUAUUCUUGGUGAUUUUAUCAACAACGAUCCGACCAAUUUCCCCGCCAUCUCCGAGUCUGGUAUGAUCAAGACGUUCCUGGAAGCUGUCACCAACAGACCACUACCAAGUGAAGUAUUGAUUGAGCAGAAAUCAUCAGAUAAAGAUGAAGACGACGAAAACAACUCCACAGGAAACACUGUCAGCUCGCUCGUUGCAAAUGAUCCACGACCACAUCCUCCCACAGAGCAAGCACUCCGGGAGUCGUCUCGUGGACCGUUGGCAGCGGGGAUUCUGCCGUCAACAGAUGCCAUCACCGUUGUACCGCAGGUUCUCAGUUCCAUAUCUCUCAACAAUGCAGGCAUGAACCUAGUGGUAGCCUCACAGGCUUUUGACGCCUUCUUGGAAAUUUUCGAAAGUCCUGCACAUGUACGAUGUAUGGAGCUUGAUGGAGAACUCGCCAACAACGUUGGAGGGAGCUUCGACGAGCUUGCCCGCCACCAUCCGGCGUUGCGGCCAGCCAUUGCGAACGCUGUAAUCGACAUGGUUGCCCGCAUUCGUUUUCUCGGAAUUGAAAAAGCGAGAAAUGAUGGAUGGGGUGCCCGGUUGUUGCUAGUGGACUCAGAGGGCAAGACUGUAUCUGUGGACGAGAACGGAAAUACGUCAUCACCAAGCGUGUCUUCUGAGAAGACUCAGAGUCAGGACAUCUCUGGUGAUGCAGAUGUGAGCAUGUCUGAUGCCGUGCCAUCGAAUGAUGCGGACUCCGAGUCCCGCAAAGAUGAAGGGUCAUCUUCGCCAAACCAGUCAAUUACGCCUUACAUCUAUGCCCUGGGAUACUUUUUGGGCUCUUACAUGUCGAAUCAGGUACUCAAGAACAGUUUUGUAGAUGAGGGAGGCCUAGAGUUGUUGCUGGACAUCUGCGAGUCCCCAAGCCUGCCCACCAACUUUUGCGACACCAUGGCCUCGAGGAACCUCACCCAAGUUGUCUCCCAGCUCGUGGAUAGUUUCCCAGUCCGCGGUCUACCUUCUCUCAUCAGACGAGCUCAGUUGGCGAUCGACACCUUAAAGCCUCUCUCUGAUAAAACAGACACCUUACCUCCGUACUUCGCACCUUUCCUUGCUACGGACCUCAAGUUGGCGCAGAACGACCAGGAACCUGCUGCUGUAAAGAAUGGCACCAAGAUGAUCAAGGCAUUGUCCAAUUCUCUGACGUUCUAUCCGGUCAAUGUCUGGGAUUACUACCUCGACCUGGUGAACUCAAUUGGACCUCUUCUCCGUGGAGUCCUUACAGAGGAGGCAGGAGAGCUCAACGCAGUCCCCCAGCACUGGUCUUUCAAGCGCCAACCAUCCUCGGAGGCAUCGCUAAAUGCAAUUAGUUCUGAACCCGAUGCGGGAGACAAUACUUUGUUACCAGACAUACUGAGCAGCACAGCGGCGUUCCAACCGAAGGCGUCUUCGGAUGAAACCAAGCCGAACCGUCCCACAGAGGAGGAGCAAGCCAGUCCUUGCUACCAGAAUUACGAGACACUUCGACAUCUAUUACACCCUAUGAUCCCAACAACUUUCCCUCUUUUCCAAACGCUUGGAAAGUCCUUACUGCCCCGCAGGGAGAGAGACCCCCGUGAUGGCUAUCAACGCCCUCGUCACUUGGAGAUCGCCAAAGCCCUUGCAAAUGCAAUUCUUAGCCAGCUGAGGCCAUCGGUUGCCAUUGUGGAACCUACUUCUAAGGAUUUCCAUUUCUGGAUCAUCAUGUUGCAUACUAUCAGUGAGAUGGUGAUGGAUCAGCCCAAUCCUCGACCAAGCGAUCGUUCAGGCGUGCAUAUCAUAUUGCCCGUUCUCAUUGCUUUCAAAGAAGAGGGUGGAAUGGAUGUUCUGAAUUCAAUGCUCAGGAUAUUUGCUGAAGCAGUCCGCAAGGGCCCAGACGCCGCCGCAGACGAAACUUCCAGAUCCAAGGUCGCUGCUUUCGGCCUCAAGAAGGUCCUGGACCUGGUUCUAGUAUUGGUCAAUGGCAAGCCACUCGCUGACGCCCAACAAGUAUUCGGCCUGCAGCCUCGCUCUGCAGACAGGUCUUCGCAUACCUACCAGCAGUUUGUGGUAGAGUUCAGAGCCUCCGUUCUUCCUGACAUUACCAAGCUCUGGGAUUCUGAGUUCGUGGAAAAAGUACCACAUCAAACCGUGACGUGCCUGAUCGACAUCCUCAAGUUGAUCGCCACUGGCGAUCAUGAACCUUCACCAUCUUCAAGAGAUAGGCCGGCUUUCCACCUCUUUGAUUACACAGACGUCCGAUUCGAUUGGCGCUCUCAGCGCGACGCUAUCGAGGAGUUGCGUCUCAAAGGAUAUGAGACAGACCUAAUUCAUGAAGCAUUAUUCCGGGCUAAUGGAAGUGUGGGUGCCGCAGAGAUGUAUUGUUCAGCUCAUCAAGCUGGUCUCGCUGGCGCACGCAAUCCGAUCCCGCCUAUGGACUCCGACACUUCUGUCUUGCAGGAGACCUCACAAGAAUCCUCAGGUGCCAACGAGACAGAAGGCACAAAUGCAGCUAGCAGCGCGGAAACAGACCGCAUGUCCCUUGAUGGCCCACCGGAAAUUGCUACUCCAGACCUCGCGGACAGAUUCCUCGGAGAAGCACUGGGUGAAAUUAUUGAUCCACCUCAAACUACAGAUGACAUUCGCGAAUCCCAAAACGUGACGACUGCAACACCAGUGAAUGUUUCGGAAGAAUCUCACAAGAAGGAGAAAGAACCUUCUCGGACUGCCACAAGGGAAGAUGUUGACAAAUUUAGAGCCGAGCUGCGCACGAACCUGAUUGACAGGUGUCUUGAUGUCGUUCGUGCUCACCCCGAAACCGCGAUCGAGGUAUCUGAGCUUAUUCGGACAAUGACUUUGAAGCAACAACCUCUUAAUGAGACUGACGACGAGAUCGGCCAGACUCUGGCUUUGGCACUGUCUUCACUGGCUCAAAACGAGGAUGAAGACAAGCAACGCAAUGGGAAGUGUAUUGCCGCUUAUGCCCAUCUGCUAGCAUUGCUCUUGCAGGACGAGCGCUUCUUUAACAACAAUGUGGCGAGCCUCGAGGACCACAUUGGCGAGUACAUUGGCUUCUUGAAGGUUCCACCGUCGACUUCGAGCGAGGAGAUACCACCCUGGAUCCCUUACAUCCUUCUCGUCAUCGAGACACUUCUUCGACAUGACGAGCGUCCUGUUGCCGCACAGUGGAAAACACCAAAAUCCGAGGACGAAGCCGUCUCAGAACCCAUCAUUCAAGUGCGAACUCUAACUAUUGGCGAUGAGCAGCGUGCACACGUUUUGGAAUUUGUGCUCGAAAUGCUUCCUCGCAUUGGAAAAGAAGAAACCCUCGCCGUUGCUGCGCUCCGAAUUCUGGCCAUCUUAACCCGCAACCGACGCCUCGCUAAGGUGGUUGGGGACAAGAAGAACCUGCAACGGCUGUUUCUUAUGGCAAAACAACUGUCGGGUUCUGGCUCUGAGAGAUUCAAGCAAAGCAAGCUUACUGCCCACAUCAUGACGGUGCUGCGCCAUAUUGUCGAAGAUGAAGAAAUCAUCAAACAGAUCAUGCGUGCUGAGAUCAAGAUCGGCUUUCCCACUCUGCAAAGAACGCAGCGCGGUCAUCCCGAUGUUCAGAGUUAUUUGCGGCACAUGGCACCGAUUGCUCUACGUGCUCCAGACCUCUUUGUUGAGGUCACAAACGAGUUACUCCGCUUUACGAGAUGGGCAUCAACUUCCAAUGACACCUCUCGCACCCAAGUGCUUGCAUUCAAGGAGGAUCCUACUGAAACGAGUACGGACAAGGUUAAUGAGAAUGCGGAGGAUGGGACGGAGAAAGAAAUCAAACCGUCCACAGAGCCUGUAGAUAAGGAAAUGGUGGAUGCACCGAAGCCACACGAGAGCAAGAGGCCUGUUGUCGAAAACCCUGAUGGCGUCAUUCAUUUCCUUCUCUGCGAGUUGCUCAAUUAUCGUGAGGUUGAUGACAAGGAAGUACAAGUGGCCGAGAAGGACUCCAAACCCGACGUUGGGUCAAACUCUGAAGACACUUCUUUAUCGCCUAAUGAUAUCAAUGCAACCGACGCAACCGACGCAACCGACGCAAAGGACAAAAAGCCAUCUAAACCCGUUUUCAAGUCCGAGGAGCACCCCAUAUUUAUCUAUCGCUGCUUCCUACUGAAUUGUCUUGCUGAGCUUUUGCAAAGCUACAACAGAACGAAGAUGGAAUUCAUCAAUUUCAAGCGGAAUGCUCCCUUGACUACAAGCACGCCAAUCAAACCCCGCUCAUCAGUUCUUAACUACCUGAUCUAUGAUUUGCUCUGCCAGGGCAACUUGAGCGGAACAGCUGAUAGCAUCGCCGGAAAGAAGAAAGCCGCAACUUCGGCGCAGACUCAGAAGGUCUUGGUUGCACUCGUCUCCAAGACAAGUGAGAAGGCAAUUGACCGCGGAAAAGACAAGUUUGCGUACGACGACGAACCCGACCUCUUGUUCGCGCGCAAAUUUGUUCUCGAUACUAUGCUCAAGGCCUACGAAAGAGCACCAUUCUCUGAUGACGUAUUGGAAACAAGAUACUCACGCAUGCAGUGCCUGGCCGAGCUCAUGAAUCACAUGGUUGGCGAGAAAGACAAGGACCAGGGAGCGCCUGGACGGGGUGCUGACAAUGUGCUGGCCCGGUCACAUGCUCAGUUACGACGACUGAUGUAUGAGAAGGGCUAUCUUGAAAAACUGACAGCAUCUAUCGCUGAGAUCAACCUCAACUACCCAGGCGUCAAACGUGCCAUCAAGUACAUCCUACGCGUGCUACGGGUCCUCACCGAGACGGCUAAAGAGUUGAGUCACUCCAAUAUCCUCCUGCCUUCAGAUUCUCUGUCCGAUACGGCAGACGACGAUCUCGGUUCCACCUCCUCACUCUCUGACCUCGACGACCGCGAGGAGACCCCUGAUCUAUAUCGUAACUCUGCCCUUGGAAUGCUCGAGCCUCGUGGCGAAGACGAUGAUUCUGACGACGACGAAGAGGAUGACGACGACGAGGAUAUGUACGGGGAUGAUUAUGACGACGAGAUGGAAUACGGAGAUGAUGACAUCUCAGAUGAAGAAAACAUUAGUGAUGAUGACGAAGAACUUGGUGACAUGGGUCAAAUCGAAGGCCUCCACGGCGAACCAGGCGUCGUUGAAGUUAUCAUGGAUGAAGACGAUGACGAUGACGAUAGUGAUGAAGAAAUCGACGAUGAGGAUGAAGCGGGGUCUGCUGAUAUGGAGGAUGUGGAAGAUCAGGUCGAAAUUGUUGACGAAGACGGAAAUCCUCUUGACGAUGAUGGAAACUCGGAUUGGGAGAGCGCCAGCCACGAUGAUGACGAUGAAGACCAGGAGGAGGACGACCUGGAAUAUGAUGGACAUGUUCACGAAGAGCAUAUGCACAUGCCAGGAGAUCUUCUCGAUGGCAUGGCUCGUGCCAUCAUGGGAGAAGGUGACGUUUACGAUCCAGAUAUGAUGGAUGGCUUGGAAGACCACUAUCUCGAUGAGGGCCAUGAUGAGGACGAGGAAGACGAGGAUGAGGACGAGAUGGAAGAUGACGAAUAUCUUUACGACGAUGAAUAUCCUGUGGAUGAUCAACCUCAGCCAAUGCCAGCUCUCGGCUGGGACGCCAUGACAGGCGAGAGUGAUGCACGACGGCAAAUGUUCAUCAUGGAAAGCCAGCACCGUCGGCGCCUCAUACGAAAUGACAAUCGUGGUGCUUUCCCGCCAAGCUUCAUAGUUGGUAACCGUGAAAUGACCGGGGACUUCCGCAACUUCUUUUCACGCAACCACCAGCCCAGGCCUCAAAGCAAUGCUGAUGAUGGCACCAACCCACUUUUGAGACGUGGUGAUCAGAACCAGGAUAGCCCACAGCGCACUGGACCUCAUCAUUCUUUUGGCUUGCGAGUUCCUGAGGCUAUUUUCGGUCCAGGUGGUCGAAACGCAGACGGACCUAUGGGUUUCUUAAGUGAAAUAAUGGAGUUCUUGCCAAUCAUGGGACGGAAUGGGCAGCAUGCGUUCCACCUCCAAAUCACCGGCCCAACCGGCAAUCGCGAUUCUAGAGAACUUGGUGCUAUUCGGACCUCUCGCACGGAUCAAAGACGUGAGGGACUAAACCAAGACCCAUCCCAAGCUGUUUCCUUUGCUAUUGAUGGUACCAUAGAACGCUACCAAGAAGAAGCUAGGAUGAUCUUCGGUGCCAACACUACAACAGAAGCGGCUAAACUUCUGAACAUCGUUACGGCCAAACUCACGCCUGCCGCGAUGGAACUCGAGAGGAAAUUGAAGGCCGAAGAGGCAGAACAACAAAAGCGCGACGAAGAGGAACGCAAGAAGCGUGAGGAGGAACAGCGUCUAGCGCGCGAGGCAAGGGAAGCUGAAGAAAAGGCGGAGAAGGAGAAGCAAGAGGCCGAGGCGCGCGAGGCUGCCGAACGCGCAGCGUCUGAAGCUGCCGCUGUGAGCCAAGCCGCUCCCGCCCAGGCUGAAGGCGCUGAGAGCGCAAUGGAAGGCGUUGAGCCAACUGGGCAAAGAGACGCAGAUCAUCCUGAUCCUGCCACGCAGAGCGACGGUCCCCGUGUUAUGACCACCAUCAGAGGCGAAGAAGUCGAUGUCACCGAACUAGGUAUCGAUCCUGAUUACAUCGCAGCUCUGCCCGAGGAGUUCCGCGAGGAGGUCAUCGCUCAGGCAAUCAGCACCCGCAGAUCCGAGGCCCGAGAGGAGACAAAUGGCAACUCGACCGAAGCCUUCCAGGAGUUUCUGGAUGCCCUUCCCGAAGAGUUGCGCAUGGAGAUUGCUCAGCAGGAGCGCCAGGAGCAACGUCGCCGUGCCCGCGAAGAGAACAACCGUCGAGCCUCUGCUGGUACUGGCCAAGCCGUUGUUCCAGAAAUGGAUACUGCUAGUAUUCUUCUGACAUUCCCCCCCGAGCUUAGACAGCAAGUUUUGAUGGAUCAAGGGGAAGAACUGAUGGAUCAGCUUACUCCAGAGAUGGCAGCCCAGGCCCGAGCCUUAGCCCAGCAGAAUGUCCACCCGGCCGUUGUUGGCCGCAGUCCUCCUGUCGUCAACUCAGCUCGCCAGGCUAGACCGCCAGCACCUCCUGAAGGGGCAAAGGUACAGCGUCGCACGGUUGUUCAGAUGCUCGAUAAGGCUGGGGUCGCCACGCUGCUACGUCUGAUGUUCAUUACCCAGCAGGGAUCAAUUCGGAACCAUUUGUUCAACGUCUUCGCUGACGUAUGUGAGAACAAGCAGACCCGCCUGGAGGUGAUCAGCACUCUGCUCCAGAUUUUGCAAGAUGGCAGCACAGAUAUGGGUGCUGUAGAGCGCAGCUUCGGUCAACUAUCUCUGAAAGCACGAAGACCCAAGGACAAGGGCCAGGAGUCUGAACAGAAAACCCCCCAGCCUCUCAAGAGAAGUCUGACUGGUCUAGCUGCUGGCAACACUACACAGACAAACUCAGAAACCUCGCCUCUUCUGAUUGUUCAGCAGUGUCUAGACCUCUUAGUCGAGCUAUCUGCGAAGAACCCUCAUAUUCAAUGGCUCUUCCUAACAGAACACGAAGCUGUCGGCUCCAAUCUCAAGCGAUCCUUGAGUCGCAAAGGCAAGGGAAAGGACUCGAAGUCACACAAGUACGCUAUCAACUCGUUGCUAUCGCUUUUAGACCGCGACCUAGUUAUGGAGAGCUCUGUGGUCAUGACUCACCUGGCCGAUCUGCUCAACCGAGUGACGCUGCCACUUCAAAAUCUGGAGCGGCGUCGAAAGGAAGCCGAGGAUGAACUGAAAGCCAUUGAUGCCAAGCCGGAAGAGCCUGCUGCAGCAGAACCCCCCACCGGGCAGCCCUCAGACACAGAGCCAGCGGACGCAAGCACUGCUGAUGAACCCAGCGCUGCGAAAGAGGAGAGCAAAGAGAAUGUCCCUGCCGAUGACGCAGCAGAGAGACAAGCGAAGAGAGAUUCAGUCCAAAAGAAACUUCGACAGCUGCAGCCGCCUGUGGUUCCUGCCCAGAACUUAACCUUGGCCGUGAGAAUAUUUGUAGCUCGAGAGUGCAGCUCCAAAACCUUCCAGAACACUAUCUCGACAAUCAAAAACCUUUCAGCCAUUCCAGGAGCCAAGGCGACAUUCGGACAGGAGCUCGUUCACCAAGCUAGGCUCUUGAGUGAGAAUAUCGUGGCUGAUCUAGAUGACCUUUUGCCCCAUAUCGAAAAGGCAUCUUCAGGCACUGAGAUUCAAGGCGUUGCUCUCGCCAAGUUCUCACCAGGGGCAUCCGAACAAAACAAGCUUCUUCGCGUUUUGACCGCUUUGGAUCACCUCUUUGACACCAAGAAGAAAGCUGACGAAGCCGAGUCCAACAAGAACAAGGACGAGAGACACGAUCUAGUCACCUCACUUUACCACAACUCGACAUUCUCGGCCAUGUGGGAUAAGCUGAGCGCUUGUCUUAGUGCUAUUCGUCAACGUGAAAAUAUGCUCAACGUGGCGACCAUUUUAUUGCCAUUGAUCGAGUCUCUAAUGGUUGUUUGCAAGAACACCACUACCAACGAUGACCCCCAGCAGAAGGACAUGGUCCUGUCAAGCCCGCCACCCGAGUCUCGUACAGCUAGUCUUUUCUUUAGCUUUACCGAGGACCACCGCCGCAUUCUCAAUGAGCUUGUUAGGAGCAACCCCAAGCUCAUGUCAGGCACCUUCGCCCUGCUUGUCAAGAACCCCAAGGUAUUGGAGUUUGACAACAAGCGCAACUACUUCAACCGCAGUGUACACUCACGAUCCGGCAACAACCAGAGUCGGUCAAACUACGCUGCCCUACAACUCUCCGUCCGCCGUGAGCAUGUUUUCCAUGACUCUUUCAAGCACUUGUACUUCAAAUCGGGCGACGAGAUGAAGUUCGGCAAGCUCAACAUCCGAUUCCACGGAGAGGAAGGUGUCGAUGCCGGCGGUGUCACUCGUGAGUGGUUCCAGGUGCUGUCACGACAAAUGUUUGACCCCAACUACGUGCUCUUCACGCCUGUGUCUUCAGAUCGUACGACCUUCCACCCGAACAAACUCAGCGGCAUCAAUGAUGAGCAUUUGUUAUUCUUCAAGUUCAUCGGUCGUAUCAUCGGCAAGGCAUUGUACGAAGGUCGCGUUCUUGACUGCUACUUUAGUCGUGCUCUGUACAAGCGAAUUCUAGGCAAAUCUGUCUCGGUUAAGGAUAUGGAGUCCUUCGACCCCGACUAUUACAAGUCUCUGUGUUGGAUGCUGGACAACGACAUCACAGACAUCAUCACCGAGACCUUCUCAGUUGAGGAUGAUGAGUUUGGCGUUACCAACGUCGUAGACCUCAUUCCUAACGGCCGAGAGAUCGCAGUCACUGAAGAGAACAAACACGACUAUGUUCGUCUGGUGGUUGAGCACAAGCUAUUGUCUUCGGUCAAGGAGCAAAUGGCUCAUUUCCUUCAAGGCUUCCACGACAUCAUCCCAGCAGAACUGAUCUCCAUCUUCAACGAGCAAGAGCUAGAGCUCUUGAUUUCCGGUCUGCCUGAUAUUGACAUUGACGACUGGAAGAGCAACACUGAGUACCAUAACUACACUCCAUCAUCGCAGCAGAUUCAGUGGUUCUGGCGAGCUCUGAGAUCCUUCGAUAAGGAAGAACGUGCGAAAAUGCUGCAAUUUGUUACUGGAACCAGCAAGGUUCCCCUCAACGGCUUCAAGGAGCUUGAGGGUAUGAACGGCGUUAACCGGUUCAAUAUCCAUCGCGAUUAUGGCAACAAAAAUCGACUGCCCUCUUCGCACACCUGUUUCAAUCAACUUGACCUUCCUGAGUACGAGAGCUACGAUCAUCUGCGCUCUCAAGUUAUGAAGGCUAUCACGGCAGGAAGCGAAUAUUUCGGCUUCGCGUAA